AUGGACGGCGACGACAAGGAAUUCCUGCGCGAAUGGCUCAUCCGCAGCCUCGAGCCAGUAUGCGACGCCGACCCGGAGGUGCUGAGCAAAUAUGUACUGGCGCUGGUGCAGAACGAUCCGCAAAAGCCUGGGUUACAGGAUAUAUGUGUCUCCAAGCUCGAGGAAUUUCUCGGUGACGAGACGGCGGGGUUUGUGGCCAAAUUGUUCACGGCGCUUGCAGAUGGCUCCUACAAAGCCAACAACUCGAGUAACGCCACCAGUGAUGAGCAGUCCAGAGGCUCUAAUGGCUACGAAGACGACUUCAGUCGACGGCGUGAACGCAGCUACUCGGACGACGAGGAUGAGCAGCGGCGGUUUAACAAACGGCGUCGCGACGACGAUCGCUCUAGGGACGGAGACAACAAGCGGCAUCAGGGAAGUCCCAGGAGAGACUCCAGACGACAGGUGUAUCCUCCACGGGACGGAGGGAUGCGAGGAGGUCCCAUGGGUGAACGCGGGCCGUACGGGAUGGGAGGCGAUCGUCGUCGGAAUUUCCCUCCAGAGUGGGGGAUGCCACCUCAGGGCAUGUGGCCGCCACACUUCCCGCCCCCCCGUGGGGCUGGCUACCCUCCUGACUUUGACCCGAAUAUGUACAUGUCGGAGAAUGGAGGGAUGAUGCCUCCCCCGCACAUGAUGAUGCCACAUCUGAUGGGUGGACGGGGCCAGUACUUUCCUCCUGGCGGACGCGGAGGCCGGGGAGGACGCGGUAGUUUCUAUGCAGGACGAGGCGGCAAGGACGGAGAGAACGGCGAGACCCCCACGGCUAAGACUACGCUGCACGUUAGACAUGUGGACCCCAAGUAUGUCAACAUGACGAUGCUAAGUCUGCACUUCUCCAAGUUUGGCAACGUGGUGAACGUGCAGAUGCGACCCAGUGCGAAAUGUGCUUUUGUUCAGUAUGCGACGGAGGAGGAGGCCAAGAAGGCCUUCCACUCGCCUCUCCCGGUCUGCAACAACCGGUUUAUCUCUGUAAAAUGGGCCAGACACGACGCCCAAAGCCCCGAGGAAGCAGUUGAUCAGCCCGAAAACGCGUCGAACGAAGCAACUGGAGAGGACGGAGCUCCCACCGGCGGCGAGACUGCAGAAAAGAAUGCAGAGGCAGAAGGAGAGUCGGCCGAGUCUCUACCUGAGAACAACAUGACGGCCGAGGAGCUGCGAGCAGCAGCAUUAGAGAAGGGGCGAAAGGUGCUGGAGCAGAAGCGCGAGUUGCUCGAGAAGCAGCGCGCGUUGAAGAAGCAGAAGGAGGCGCUGAUCAAGCGACAACUGGCUCAACAGAAGGAACUGCUGGAACGAAUGAGUGCGAACAGCGCGCAGUUCUCCAUAGCGGAGAAGCGCGACUUGCUGAACAAGAUCACAGCGCUGUCGGCAGAGUUGAAGGCCUUAACUCCGCGUAACUCGGCUGUCUCCCCCAGUGCCGCAUCGCGGUCAGAAACAGUUGAAGGUGGCGAGAAUCUUAGCGGUUUGAAGGCGGAACUGAGUGCGCUUGAGGCCGAAGCCGGUGGCCGAGGAGGACGCGGUGGCCGGUGGUCUGCAGGUCGUGGUGGCUACAGAGGAGGCCGGGGUGGCCGGGGUCGUGGAGGAUUCGGCCGUGGCUCCCACACUUUGGACAACCGAACCACGAUCGUGAAGGUGGCGAAUCUACCGGAGGAGGCCUGCGAUCCUGUCGUACAGCUCCUGGCCAAGGCUUCAUUAAGUUCCAGGACCGGUACGCAGGCCAGGCCGCGCUGA